CCCGCCCCCGCCCCCACCCCGGCGGGUCCGAGCGGGUGCCAGGCGCCCAGGGCUCGCGCGUUGCGCGGGGCGGCGGGGCGGCGGGGCUCCCGCGCGCGGCCCGCCAUGGAGGUGGAGGAGGCGUUCCAGGCGGUGGGGGAGAUGGGCAUCUAUCAGAUGUACUUGUGCUUCCUGCUUGCCGUGCUGCUGCAGCUUUACGUAGCCACGGAGGCCAUCCUCAUGGCACUGGUUGGGGCCACGCCAUCAUACCACUGGGACCUGGCAGAGCGCCUGCCAAAUCAGAGCCACGGCAACCAGUCAGCUGGUGAAGACCAGGCCUUUGGGGACUGGCUCCUGACAGCCAACGGCAGUGAGAUCCAUAAGCACGUGCACUUCAGCAGCAGCUUCACCUCCAUCGCCUCGGAGUGGUUUUUAAUUGCCAACAGAUCCUACAAAGUGAGCGCAGCAAGCUCUUUCUUCUUCAGUGGUGUUUUUGUUGGAGUCAUCUCUUUCGGUCAGCUUUCUGAUCGCUUCGGAAGGAAAAAAGUCUAUCUCACAGGUUUUGCCCUUGACAUCUUAUUUGCAAUUGCAAAUGGAUUUUCCCCUUCCUAUGAGUUCUUUGCAAUAACUCGCUUCCUGGUGGGCGUGAUGAACGGAGGAAUGUCGCUGGUGGCCUUUGUCUUGCUUAAUGAAUGCGUGGGCACCGCCUACUGGGCACUUGCAGGAUCGAUUGGCGGCCUCUUCUUUGCAGUUGGCAUUGCCCAGUAUGCCCUUUUAGGGUACUUCAUCCGCUCCUGGAGGACGCUAGCUGUUCUGGUUAACCUGCAGGGAACAGUGGUCUUUCUCUUAUCUUUAUUCAUUCCUGAAUCACCUCGUUGGUUAUACUCCCAGGGUCGACUGAGUGAGGCUGAAGAGGCGCUGUACCUCAUUGCCAAGAGGAAUCGCAAAGUCAAGUGCACCUUCUCACUAACACACCCAGCCAACAGGAGCUGCAGAGAGACUGGAAGUUUCCUGGGUCUGUUUCGUUACCGGGUCCUCUUAGGACACACUCUGAUCCUGAUGUUCAUCUGGUUUGUGUGCAGCUUGGUGUAUUAUGGCCUAACUCUGAGUGCGGGUGAUCUAGGUGGAAGUAUUUAUGCCAACCUGGCCCUGUCUGGCCUCAUAGAGAUUCCAUCUUACCCUCUCUGCAUCUACUUGAUUAACCAAAAAUGGUUUGGUCGGAAACGAACAUUGUCAGCAUUUCUGUGCCUAGGAGGACUGGCUUGUCUUAUUGUAAUGUUUCUUCCAGAAAAGAAAGACACAGGUGUGUUUGCAGUGGUGAACAGCCAUUCCUUGUCGUUGCUGGGGAAGCUGACCAUCAGUGCUGCAUUUAACAUCGUUUACAUCUACACCUCUGAGCUCUACCCUACGGUCAUCAGGAAUGUUGGGCUUGGAACUUGUUCCAUGUUCUCCCGAGUUGGUGGGAUUAUUGCUCCCUUCAUCCCCUCACUGAAGUACGUGCAGUGGUCUUUACCAUUCAUUGUCUUCGGAGCCACCGGCCUCACCUCCGGCCUCCUGAGUUUGUUAUUGCCGGAAACCCUUAACAGUCCCCUGCUAGAGACGUUCUCUGACCUUCAGGUGUAUUCAUAUCGCAGGCUGGGAGAAGAAGCGUUAUCUUUACAGGCCUUGGACCCUCCACAGUGUGUGGACAAGGAGAGCUCUUUAGGGAGCGAAAGUGAGGAAGAGGAAGAAUUUUACGAUGCCGACGAAGAGACUCAGAUGAUCAAGUGAAGAGCCCUAGACUCCCGCUAAGAAGCAAAGGAUCGUCUUUUAUGCCUCUGGCUAAGGCAGGUUCUCAUGACUCUUAAGAGAGUUGUAGAAAGAGAGGCUUGGCUUGAACGUACAUAGAUGGUACCCGGCAUGGACUGAUGUUUUUAGGCCCAGAAGUUGGAGAAGAGAUCUCAUGAGAGACAACAUCACUGCAUUGAGAAUAGUUGUUAAUUUGUUUAAAGUUUAAGUUCUGCUCAGAAUCAUAACACCUGGCAGAACAGCCCAAACCCACAUUCCAGAGUGGUAGGCUCAUUUGUUUCUAGUGGUUUCAUCAUGUCGCUUUUCCUUCAUCGUGAUCUAAAUAAAGGCGGGUAUGUAAAAUUUCUCACUAUUUUGGAGGAGUAAGAUAAGCUAUCCUUAAGAUUUAAUCUUUAUACUCUUGAUGUUGGACAUUUGCCCCUAUCAGUGGCUCCUCAGGAAUAUUCUGGUACAGGUUAACAUCAGCAUUUUAAUUUUGUGUCCAGGGAAAAGCACCCAGAAGUCAUCUGUGUGUCCCGAGACCCUCCAGCUUUUUCUCAGCUGAUGAAAUGUGAGUCCUCAGCUUGGUACCCAGCCUGCUGGUUGACCGGGGUUCCUCCUGCCUUGAGUCCCACAGAUGAUUCAUUAGGAAAAUCCAGAUGUACCAAAGCAGUUUACUGAGAGUCGGUGGUGUGGCUGUGGCUGCCUAUCAGCUCCCUUGGAUACUAUAUCGUGUGAUUACAUCCAGCAAAAUUUCCAUCUGAGAUUCUAGUACUUCGAAAUCCUGCCUAAUAAAUGAGAAAGCUUUAAGGAGAGGGCAGUUAAACAGUGACAUGUUGAGUACCUGGAGGGAAAAAAAAGGUAGUUUUUAAUAAGGGAGAAAAUAAAAUUAUCUUUGAUAAAUUUUUGUUUGUUUUGCUUUCAGUAUUGUGCCGGGAGGGAUUUGAACAAUAUUUAAGAAUCUCUUGUCCUAAAUCUAAUUAGACAGCCCCCACCUGUUUCAUUAGAAUGGAAGGUUCAGCAAUUUCAUAGGAAAUGUUGGUUUUUCAUUAAGUGCUACCAGCUUUCACGUGAAUCAGAAUUAUAAUUGAUUUCCUAAAAUCAUGUCCUGAAAAUACGUUUUCCCAUGAAACUCAAAUACUAUGUUAAAUAGGAAUAUAAACCUGGAGUCAACAAGCUUAGGCAGCAUUGAUUUAGGUCACUUUCCCAACGAGGAAAAUUUCUGUGUUUUCAGAAUUUCCAUUUCUUUUUUUUUCUUUUUGAGAGGGAGUUUCGCUGUUGUUACCCAGGCUGGAGUGCAAUGGCGCGAUCUCGGCUCACCGCAACCUCCGCCUCCUGGGUUCAGGCAAUUCUCCUGCCUCAGCCUCCUGAGUAGCUGGGAUUACAGGCACGCACCACCACGCCCAGCUAAUUUUUGUAUUUUUGGUAGAGACGGGGUUUCACCAUGUUGACCAGGAUGGUCUCGAUCUGUUGACCUCGUGAUCCACCCGCCUCGGCCUCCCAAAGUGCUGGGAUUACAGGCUUGAGCCACCGCGCCCAGCCCAGAAUUUCCAUUUCUACUAACCUCUUGGAGAAAAGGAAAUUGUAUUAGAGGUAAAUGGAAGAUGUCACUGUGACUGCCUCUGGAAGUGCUGGAAGCAUCGCCCCGAUUGGCUCCAAAUACGUUUCACUGCACAUUGACUUCUGGUUUGCACUGUAUCAUUAUGUACCUUUGUCAUUGUUAUUUUUAUGUCUUUUGUGCCCUUGAUUAUUAAUUAGGCUCUUUAUAAACAUAGGCCAUCUCUACUGCUGUUUAUUUUUCCCUGCUGUGCCCAGAACUUUGACCUAGGCACAGUAAGGACCUAGUAAAUAUCACUGUUUCUAGCCAUCAGGGAGAUUGUGGAACUCCUCCCAGUAUGCUUUUUGCAAACUCCAGGCAAGUAUGACCCGAACUCCCAAAUUGUUGUAUCCUGCUUGAGUUUCUCUAGAAAAUAGAUACCUUCUCACCGUCAGAAUAGGAAGAGAGGAAGAACCUACAAAGACACUUAAAAGUUCUUCCUAAACGGUGGUUGGGAAUUUAAAUCAUAAUUUUUGAUUCAUUGGAGCUUUCUUUGUAUUAUAAGAGUAGUAUAUCCCAUUACAGAAAAUUUGGAAACUAGACAUUUAGAAAUGUAUCACUCAUAUGUCCAACAUCGAGAGAAAACCAGUGUUAUGGCUAUAUUCCAUUUGAAGACCUAUUGGGAGUCCAUCUCUUUAGUGGCACUGGGUUCCACUGCCUCUGGCUAAACAGAGUUCAAUGAGUUCUAUCCGAGUUUCUUAGCUGUGGAGUAGAAAAUAGGAGGGAGACAUCUACAAUUUGAAUAGGUGUUAUUUAAUAAGGUGAGGCUGGCCAUCAGUUGCUUAUGUCAGAUGUGUCACUAAAUUUUCUUUCUGGAUAGUCCUUGAGCAAAAUUUAAUAAGUAACUGUUUUUUAUUUCUGCUGCCUUUAUAAAAUCAAAAUUUUCUCUUUUUGAUAACUGUUGAAGACUAUUGAUGUAGAGAAUGUGUAUGUGUGUUUAUUUGUAUUGAUUAAAUUAUUGGAAAACUUUUCA